UCAAGGACGCUGCUUCCCAGCGUGUGUCGUGUUGUCUGUUUCACUCGCUGCUAGCUGGCCGAAAGCUCCCUGGAGAUCCUCCAUAGCCACCAUGACUAGCCGGUCCCGGGACUUCAGCAGCCUCAGUGGCAGCUCCCUGACUUCUCCAGGAGCCUUCUGUCACAGGAGAAGAGAGCGAUCCUAUUCCCCUUCUUCAAGAUAUAGGGCCUGUCACAGCCCCAUCAGGGGUGAUACCAGCAGCAGGAGAAAUUUCAGCUCUUCGAGCCUCACCGGAUACAGCCGCCAAGCUUAUCCCAAAAUUUCGGUCAACCAACGACUCUUGACUCCGCUACACCUGGACAUUGAUCCCUCCUUCCAGGAGAUCAGGAACAAAGAGAAAGAGGAGAUCAAGACACUCAAUAACCAAUUUGCUGCCUUGAUUGGGAAGGUCCAGAGUCUGGAGCAGCACAACCAAGUCUUGAUCACCAGGUGGAACUUUCUAAAAGAACAGGACAACUCCCUUUCCGACUUGGACAUCAAACUCCUCUAUGACCAGUACAUGAAUAGACUGAGACUUGAGACCCGCUCUAUAGAUAAUGAGAAGGAACAGCUUGAUGCAGAACUUGACGAAGUGUUGGAUGCCAUGGACACUGUUCGGAACAAAUAUGAGGAAGAAAUAAACAAACGCACUGGGAUGGAAUUCACCUUCACAGUUCUGAAAAAGGAUCUGGACAAUGGCUUCUUGCACAAAACUGAACUAGAAGCGAAACUGAGUGGACUUCAGGCUUGGGUGGAGUUAAUGAAAAACAUCCAGGAGCAGGAACUUGAGGAAGUGAUGUCACAAGUUAAGGAUGUCUCAGUUGUGCUGGGGAUCGACAACAACAGAUACAACCCUGAUCCACAGAGGAUUGUGGAAAAUGUGAGAGCUCAGUAUGAAACCCUGGCUAUCAGGAGCUGGGAAGAAUUAGAGACACUCACCAGAAGCAAGCUUAAUGAAAGAGAAGUGCUUUCAGUUAAGUAUGGAGACCAUCUGCUUCAUGACCGGAGGGUGAUUGCUGAGUUAAACAUACAGAUCCAGAAAAUGAGGUCCUGCAUUGUGUCCUUGAAAAGUCAGUGUCUGCGCCUGGAGGACAACAUCAAAGAUGUUGGUGUACAAGGUGAAACUGCCCUCAAUGAUGCCAAAGCUAAAUUGGCAAAACUGGAGGAAGCCCUUCACAGUGCUAAGCAAGACUUGGCUCAGCUGGUUAAGGAGUAUCAAGAGCUUAUGAAUAUCAAACUGGCCUUGGACAUUGAGAUUCUCACCUACAGGAAGCUGAUGGAAGGUGAAGAAAUCAGCAUGGAAUCUCCACCACCCGCUGUCAUUAGCAGAAUCUACCCCACUCCAAAGCUAUCUUCAUCAAACUCCAGCAUCACAACCACAUCGCAUUUGGCAACCAGAGGAAAAGAAGAUUCAACAGAAAAAAUGAGCCACAGUAGAAGCAGUUUGGAAAGUGGACUUUCCAGAAGUCAGAGUGGUGGGAGUGGGCUGGUCUCGGAUGGUGAUUUAUCUAGAAGCAAGAUCAAUAGAAGUGCAGUUACUCCAGAUGGUAGUCUUUCUAGAAGUCACAGUAGUAUGAGUGGAAGUGUCUCAGAGGCAUUUAGAAGUCACAGCACCAGCCACAGUGGUAUCUUGGAGAGUGGCCCUUCUAGAAGCACUAGUAAUAAAAGUGGAAAUUUUGCAGAUAUUGAAGACAUCACAGAGACCAGUGUUUCUAGAAGCCAUAGCCAUGGCAGUCAUAGAACCUACAGCAGCAAGAGUGGGGAUAACUUAGAAAAUAGCCUUUCUAGAAGUCCAAGUAGUGGAGUCAGUGGCAUCUCAGAUAGUUAUCUAUCAAGAAGCCAAAGCAACAGAAGUGGUGGUAUGACUGACAGUGUAUUUGCCAGAACCCAGAGUGGUGCAAGUGAGGGUGCACAAGAGGGCAACUGUUCUAGAAGCCAAAGCCAAAGAAGUGUGGGAUUUUCACCAUCCAGCUUUUCCAGAACUCCAAGUGGAGAAAGUAAUAUUAUCCCCGGAACUACCCAUACUAGAGAACUCAGCUCUGGAAGCAGAAAUGUUCCAGAGGGCAGCCAUUCUAGAAGCCAAAGCAGCAGAAGUGGAGAUUUAACAGACAGCAGUUUUGCUAUAAUUCACAGUGGUGGAAGUGAGGGUGUCUCAGAGAGUAGUUUUCAUGAAAGCAGCAGUGGUAGCAGUGCAUCCUAUGUAGUAGGUUCUCUUUCUAGAAGCCAGAGUGAUGAAAAUGAAAUUCACAGCAAGCAUGACAGUGAAGGUUAUGCUGAGCCUGCUAUUUCCAGAACCAGAAGUGCUGAAGAUGGUGGGGUACCAGUGGGUGGCAGUUUUAGAAGUCAGAGUGGGGCAAGCAGGGACAGCUCAGGGGGCAGCCUUUCUAGAAGCCAGAGUGAUGAAAAUGAAUUUCGUGGCAGCGAAGGACAUGCUGAAUCUGUUGUUUCCAGAUCCAGAAGUGCUGAAGAUGGUGGAGUUCCAGUGAGUGGAAUUUCUAGAAGUCAGAGUAGGAUAAACAGGGGCAUGUCAAGAGAUGGACACCCUUCUAGAAGUCAGAGUGAUAAAAAUGAGUUUCAUGGCAAGCGUGGCAGUAAAGAAUAUGCUGACCCUGUUGUUUCCCGAACCAGAAGUGCUGAAGAUGGUGGGGUUCCAGUAGGUGGCAUUUCUAGAAGUCAUAGUGGAAUAAGCAGGGACAAGUCAGUAGAAAGCAAUCUUUCUAGAAGCCAAAGUGAUGAAAAUGAAUUUCAUGGAACUGGAGGAUAUGCUGAGCCUGUUGUUUCCAGAACUAGCAGUACUGAAAGCAGUGAGGUCCCAGUGAGUGGUCUUUCUAGAAACAGCAGUUGGGCCAGCAGAAAUAGCUCCCAGGGUGGCUUUUCUAGAAACCAAAGAGGCCAAAGUGGUGUCUUUGCAGACACUGUCUUCACUAGAGCCCGGACUGAAGGGAGCCAAGAGGGAAGCCUUUCAAGAAACCCCAGUGAUACAAAUGCAUCCCCUUCAGAGGGUGACAUUUCUAGAGGUCCAAAAAGUGGAGGCAAGGAUCCCUCAGAGGGGAGCAGUUCUCGAACCCCUAGCAUCAGAAGUACAGGCUUAACAGACAGUGUCUUUAUGAGAACUCCAAGCAGUGCUGAUCAAGAGGUUCAAGAGGAACUAAAGUCAAGAAUUCAUAGUGGGGCAAGAGAUAGUAGUGAGACUAGCUUUUCUAGAAGCCAAAGCAACAGAAGCAGAAACCUUACAGAUAGUGUUUUUGCUAGAACUCACAGUGGUACAAGCGAAGGUGGCCUUUCUAGAAGCCAGAAUGAUGAAAAUAAAGGCUUCAUAGAAGCUAAAGCAUCUAGAGGUCACAGUCGUGGGAGUGGAGGAUCUGCAGAAUCAUCUGUUUCCACAACCCCUAGUGAUGAAAGUGAAAGUGUCCCAGUGAUGAAAGUGGAAGUGUCUAGAAGCCACAGUGCUGGAAAUAAAGGCAUCCCAGAAGACAGUCUUUCCAGAAGCCAAAGCAGCAGGAGUGAAGGAUUUGCAGGUGGUCACCAUGCAAGAGGCAAGAACAAGGAAAGCAAAGGAAGUGAUAGCAGUGUCAGUAGCAAGUGUGCAGCUGACAAAAGUCACAGGGAAGCAGAUGAAGUUGUUCUAGAGUCUGGUCUUUCCAAAAGUAGAGGUACAUCAGUGGAUAGCUUUUCUAGAAGUCAUAGUGAUGAGAGUGCAGGUCCUGUGGAGACAUCUACUCCUAUCUGCCUCCGCAGAAGAAAUGAAGGUGCUAUGGGACAUAGCCUUUCCAGAAGCCAUAGCGGAAACAGUGGGAGCUUUAAAGCAGCUGAUCUCUCCAGAAGCUCCAGUGAAGUAAGCAGAGGUGCUUCAGAGGCUAGUCUUUCUAGAAGCAGCAGCAAAGAUAAUGAAAGUUCCUCAGAGGGCAUAUAUUCUAGAAACUACAGUUAUAGAUGUGCAGUUGAGUCACACCCUUAUGUUUCUAGAACUGAAAGUGGUGAGUCAGAAGCAGUUCCAGAAGAUGGCCUUUGUAGAACCCACAGCUCAGGAAGUGGAAGGGCAUCAGGACCCAGAAUGUAUAGAAGUCACAGUGGUGAAAAGGGAAAUAUGUCAAAAACUAGUUUCUCUAGAAGCUACAGCAGCGGAGGUGAAGAGGCCUCCAUAGACAACCCAUAUGCAAGCCCCACUGGUAGACAAGAAGGCUUUCCAGAAAGUAGUCAGUGUGAACCCAUAACUGCCUCAUGUUCACACAGAACUACAGAUAAAGGUGUUUGGCAGAGUAGUGAAACUGGAGGUUUAGUGGAGGGAAGCCAGAGUGGUGACCCAAGUCCUGUCUGCAUGAUUUAUGAGCUUUCCUCUGAUGAGCAUCACCAUCCUCCAUCUGGCGAAAUAUCCUACUAUGUUGAGUCCAGCUCCAUGGAGUAGGUGUCCCAUGCACACAAAUGGGAUCCAGAUACCUUCUUAUAGAAGUCCCAGUCCAUCCAUUGGCUCAUAGACCACAGAUGGGAAUCCACAUCAACCUUCUAUUACCAAGGUUAACAGUUGGAAACAGGAUUUUUUGCAGGCUUGAACAUGGCCGUGCAACAUUCUUUGUUAUGAUUUGUGGGUUCAAACACAGAGGAUAACUUGAGUCCUUCUGGUAGUAUACUCUGUGGUGGGGAAACUAAUAGCUCAGCUGUUGUUAUAAUAAUUAAUUGCAAGAAAUUGCAAGGAAACAUAAGCUAACAGCAAUAGUCCAGUAUUAUAAACAGUGCCUUUUUGUUCUCAUCUUCUAUCUUUUACCCAAUCUCCUAAUAUGCAGAUAAUUCUGGGCUUUCCCUUUUAGGAAAAACAAGAGGUGUGAUGCUCUGCAAGGGAUUCCUUUUGUGGGAUGAGUUAGUAGGUGUAUCAUUUUGUCUCUACAUGAGCAGAGAAAGGUGUUGGUGUUGCAUGUCCUUUUUACCCUAGAAAAUUAUAUCCAUAGAUGAAAAGGUGUUCUUGCUGCCAAGAGCUAUGGAGUCCAACAUUAGGGACUUGGGUUAGGUGAUGUGGUUUGAGCAUUGGACUAUAAAUGUGGAGACCAAGGCUCUGUCAUGAAACCCACUGGAUGACCUUGGGCAAGUCCCAUGCUCUCAGCCUCAGAGGAUGGCAAUGGUCAACUUACUCUGAACAAAUCUCACCAAGAAAACCUCAUGAUAAAUUCAUCUUAGGGUUGCCAUAAGUCAUAAAUGAACUUGAAGACACAUAACAACAACAGUUCCAGUCUAGCUUUGGACCUAUUGGCCAGGCAGGCUACAAGAAUCUGACCUCUUCAGUUUCUAUGUGUGAAACAGAAAUGUUAGGGACUUGGGGUUGCUGUGAAACUAAAUGAGGAAUGCACAAUAAUGUGCAUUUAUAUUUAUUUAAUCUAAAUAUGUUAUUUAUAUUUAAUCCCUAUUGAAAUCAAAAAGGCAUAUUAGUGAUAAGUGCCAUUGAUUUCAGCUCUGCUGCUUCUGCUGUUUUGGCAUCACUGGUUGCAUUUUUCGUUCUCCUUUCACCCUCAUCAGUUAAUUAAGGGAAGGGGUGCACCAAGUCAGAAUUCACAUAGUGAAUAAGCAGUUAUCACAGCACUAUGUAGGCAGUCAGAUUAUGUCAGUAAAAGGUGAGGGUGAAGAUGUUAGGACCAUGGUGCUUUGAUAGGGUGACCUUAUCCAACCAGUGAAUAGGAUUGUGCAGAACCCAUAUAUACGUAGAAUAUACAUUGCAGACAGUCAGAUUUAACUAUCUGGUAAUGUCACUGCAAUAAUAUGCUGAUAGCAAGUGUGGAAAUCCAAAUGUAAUGGGUAAACAUUCUCCAAAGCAGUGCCAAAAAUCACUGAAAAUUGGAAGAAUUUUUCAAAUGUUGACAGUUUUCCUUUAAAAUGUGAGUAGUCUUGGCUCAACCCUAGGCGCAUGUAAACCUUCCUUGGACUAGGGCCUCUAUGUUCUUGGUAGUUCUGUAUAUAUGAUUAAUAACCCAAAAACCUAGUUCUGUUCAGUCCCUUUGUAUUCCAUUGGUAAGAUAUGAACUUUGCAAAGCAGAUAAGACAGAGAAGCCUUUUACUACAAUCAUCUUGUCACCCUGCAUCCUACCUCCACCUGAUCUCUUGGCUUUGUAUAGGUUGCCAUGAAGCCAAUAAGGUUCACAUAGCUCCCUGUAUUUUUCAUGAGUAGAGGAGGAAUAGACAUGUAGUAUAUGCUCUUCCUCCUGCUUACAAACGGAACUCCACAUAAUGUUGGAAAUUCAAGAUAGCUAAGGCUACAAAUUAAACUGGAAGGAUGUCACACUGACAUCAGCUGUACAUGCCCCUGAAUUAACAAAUAUGGAUAGGAUUGCAUUCUGGAAGAAAGCUGGAGGUGGAAGGAAGGAUCCACAUAACCUGACAGAUAAGAGCAAGGAGAAAAAUAUCUAGGUAAAAUGAUUACUGGUGCUGAACAGAUCGUGUGAAAUCAGUAUUGAUAAAACAGUGGGCUAUGUGAAAGAUUUCAAGUGAGAAGAGGGAGAAAGCAAGAGGCUGAUUAUGGAAUGGGAAACCAUCAUAGGUAGGAUCUUCAAAGAAACAGUAAGUAGGAGGUGUUUCAGAUUUGGACACUAGUUGUUUAUGCUGGUCCAUUUCUUAGAAGAAGAUUUUGCCAUCACUGUAUACAUUGCAAAUAAAAAACAGAUGUGACAGUCAAAAAAGAAGUAGGAAAGGUGAGGCUAGAUGUUACUCCCCUGGAUUGUUUGUAUUUGCUGUUUUAAUACAAUAAAUAUUGCACAUAUAUUUAAGUUAAAUUAUUUUGAUUCUUCAGACUUACUGCUUAAAUUCUCCCUUUUUCGGCCAAUAAAUAUAUAUCAUACACUGGCACAACACUUCUGUGCUUUGGGGAUCUGUCUUUCCCACUAUGGCAACCUUUUGGUCAUUUUAUGAGAAUACUAGAGAUACUCAAGAGAUUGUCCUAAUUGUAUCAGUAAAUAUGGAUAAAUGCCCAUAAGACUAUGAGUAAUUGUAUUAUGAAUUCGAACAAGGCUCGGUUCUCUGUUACUUUGCCUAUUAUUCUCAUGUAGCUUACAUGUUAUCAAGUUCACUAAGAAGCCUGUCAAUUAAAGUUGCCUGCUUGUCUUUUUUUUCCCUGUCUUUCCAUUGCAAUGUAUUGAUAUAUGGCUGUGUUAAUAAAGU